AUGGCAUCUCGACGCCGCGCAUCCAAAUCCGAUCCCAACAAUUCCAGCUCCAGCGACAUGGCCGCCCCUACGAGCCACGAUCAAGACCAAGACAAGAGCCAAGCCUCAAGACACAACCCGCCGUAUCUCCCAACGCCCCUCGAGCGAAUAGCCCUCGGCAUCUUCCCCGCGAUCCUCGUCUUCGGCACCAUCUUCUCCAUCGUCUCGCCCGACAUCCGCGCCGCUGAAUAUGACCACGUGUCGCAGUCGCACCACCAAGACCCGAGCAAGUCGCCCGGCUACUUUGCCCGCAAGAACAACGUCUUCAACGUCUUUUACGUCAAGCGAGGCUGGGGAUGGAUCACCUUUGCCUUUGUCUUUUCCCUCCUCGUCCAGCCCACCGGCAAGACGCCGCCCGCAGUCGUCUUGAUGAGGAGGAUCCGCGCGGGGCUGCGGUGGGUGGCCGUCACCGGCUGGUGGUUCUUCGUCACGCAGUGGUUCUUUGGCCCGCCCAUUAUUGACCGCAGCUUUCGGUGGACCGGCGGCAAAUGCGAGCUGGCCCAGCGAGAGGUUGCCAUGGGAGACGGCUCCGUGAAGGAGAUGCUGACGGCCGUGGCAUGCAAGGCGGCCGGGGGCAAGUGGAAGGGUGGCCACGACAUCUCGGGACACGUUUUUCUUUUGGUGCUGGGCACUGCGUUUUUGAUGCAGGAAGUUGGCUGGUCUGCUCUCAGAUUCAGCGGAUGGCUAGCUGAGGAGAGAAGCAUAGUCGUUUCUGACGGAACUGUUCAGAGCGCCAGCGUAGAGUCGGAAACGGCUAUAGGAGAGGGCAAAGGAGAGCCCGUGUUCAACAUUUCAGGAAAGACGGCUAUAGGCGUCAUGUCACUGAACCUGUGGAUGCUGCUGAUGACGGCUAUAUACUUUCACACGUGGUUUGAAAAGGUGAGUCGCUUGAUGUAA